UCCGGUCACAAAUAAGACCUGGCGGCUUGUGCGAAACGGACAGGAGCCCUCAGUCUCUAUUGGAGACUGCCAACGGAGAAUAACGAAUAGCUUGGCAUGGAGAUGGCUUCUAUAGAUCGCUGAAGGCAAAUAUUUUGUUUUAGAGAACUAACGGACACACGAGGGACAUGGAUCUUAAGGGAUGCGUGCCAAUUGCUUGUUAUGGACCAAAGGAUAAGAGGUGAUUGGAUACCUGUGAUACACCUGUUACCUUUUACGGACGUAAGGGAUGUAACAGAGCAGGACAAGCACCGAGUUAGUUUCCAGUUUACAACACAAAUGUCUUAUGUAGCCUAAACAAGAAAGGAUGUUGUAGUAUUGAAAAAAUGGCAAAUGUUUUGACCAAUUAACCUUAUUUUUAUUUUCUAUUUUCCAAUAGUCAUUAAUGCGAAAAUGUGUUAUGUUACAUAUUUGGAACACUAUUCGUCAAUAAAUUGUAUAACUUCCCAUUGAGCUAUACAUGAAAGAUUUUUUUUUUCAGUCGCAGUUUAUCAUUGAUAGGAUACUAAACCGUCAGCCAUGGAGAGGAUAUGGACCUAGCUAGAAUCAGUGACAUCCCAAAAUGCCAGCAGGUGUUCAGCGCUGUCAAGUCCCGCCAAUGACGUUGUCUCCGUGGCAUAGGCGGGCACUGCUCGUCUUGCUGUCGGUGUGCACAUCCACAUCGCUGUUGGUCCACGGAUGCGGCCCUGGACCUGGGUAUGGCAUUCGUCCCAGACCGCGCAAACUAAUUCCUCUGAGGUACAAGCAGUUUGUACCCCCAAUCUCUGAGAAUAACCUCGGUGCAAGCGGGCGGCCAGAGGGCAAGAUUACGCGCGACUCGAAACGCUUUAACGAGCUGGUAUGCAACUACAACAUUCACAUCGACUUCAAAAACGAAGAGGAUACUCAAGCUGACCGAUUCAUGACAAAGCGCUGCAAAGACUGCCUGGACAGACUAGCCCUAGCUGUGAUGUUGCAGUGGCCAAAGACCAGACUGCGGGUUACAGAGGCCUGGGACGAGGAUGGAAACCAUCCACCUGAUUCUCUGCACUACGAGGGCCGUGCCGUGGACAUCACCACUUCAGACCGCAACACCUCCAAGUAUGGCCUACUGGCCCAGCUGGCUGUGGAGGCUGGCUUUGACUGGGUCAAUUAUGAAUCCAAGCAUCAUGUGCACUGCUCUGUCAAAGCUGAUCAUUCUGUGGCUCUUGAGAGAGGUGGCUGUUUCCCAGGGUCAGCAAAGGUAACUGUAGAAGGAGGAGAACAGAUGCCUAUGUUUUUACUGAAGCCUGGAGACAAAGUCCUUUCCCAGACAGAGUUGGGUCAAACUGUUUUCAGUCGCGUCCUGCUCUUUCUACACAAGGACUGUGAGAGCAGGUCUUUGUUCUUAGUGCUGGGCACAGAGGAUGGACAAAGGCUUACGCUAACACCUAAUCACCUGCUCUUUCAUUCCUCUUAUUAUGAAGCAGAUCACGGCAAGUACCAAGCUUGCUUUGCCAGCAGAGUGCGGAAGGGAGACUAUCUCCUCAUUCAUGGAUCAGGAGGUAGAGUUAGACCAUCCAAGGUAACCUCACUAACAGUGGAGGAACGGACUGGAAUCUAUGCUCCCCUGACAGAAGAAGGCACUAUUUUUGUGGAUGGAGUCCUAGCCUCUAGCUAUGCCUCUGUGGAGGAUCACAGACUUGCACACUGGGCCUUUGGGCUUCUCCGCUUCCUGCUCUCCCUUCCACAGUGGACCCAGGGAGUGGACCAACAGAGCAAACAAGUCAGAGUGGCGGUGGCUGUACACACUGGGCCACAUAUUUACAAUGAUACACAGAAAAUAGGCCACCCAGGGGGGAAUGGGACACUCAAAGUCAAAGGUGUAGGUUGGUAUCAGAAUAACCACUGCCAACAAAACACACUUUCACUGAACACCAGUUAUGGGGAAACCUGUGAGAAUUACAGACACAAACAGGGUAAAGUUCAUUGGUAUGCUAGACUUCUGUACACCCUUGGGCGAAUAUUACUGGACCCUCAGAUAUUUUACUAAUAAAACACUUACCUUCUAUCAAUCUGAUGCAUAAACAUUUAUCAAGAAUCUAACACUGCUAAACCCCAAACUGACAAAUGACAUUGACAUUUUUAUGUAUACAGUAUGUACAAUUAUUAUUUCAUAACAUAUUUCCUAGUAAUAUCAGGUGUCAGGUUAAAAGUAGUUUUCCAACAAGAGGCAGACACUGGAUGCCUAUGCAGUUAUGUAGCCGAUGUUCCAAAAUAAUGAUCUAAUAAAAACAAUAUUUUUGAAUGUUCAUUAUGAGAAAAUGUUUUAUACAACCAUCAAAAUCUUUAUUUUUGUACUGUUGGAUUUGUAAUAUAUAAAUGUAUCUGCUUAAUUAUUCUCACCAUGACCAUGUUAUUUGUCCAUAUAUUUGCCUGCAAAACGUACUGUCAAAGCUAUUUAAUUUUGUAAAAAAAUCAUAAUAUGAAAAGAUUGUUAAAAAAAUUAUUAAAAACAAAUAUGACC